ACCGCCAAUAAACACCAAAGAAGAAGCAGAGAUUUUCCUGUUGACAACCAGCAACAGUUUAUCGGUUGCUAGGCAGUUUUUUAGACUCCGCAUGAAUGUUUUUAGAUAACUGCUAGAAUAUAACAUUCGAAAAGAUAUUUCAUUUUGGUAAAAUACUGACAAAUAAAACGCAUAUGUUAACUUGUUUUUAGCCGGUAGUGGAAUAACGCGGUUGCCUCGCGACAGUUUGCAGUGUUUGCUAACAAGCUAACGGGUUAGCAAGAAGACUAAAAAGACUUAAGGGGUUUGUUUUGGGCGCACAGGCUUUAGUACAACAUUCAUUUACAAAAAUGAGUGAACAACUGAAGUUCAUCGUGGAACAGCUGAACCGAGAGCCUUUCAAGAAGAACUUUAACUUAAUCACUUUUGAUUCUCUGGAGCCGAUGCAGCUUCUGCAGGUCCUCAAUGACGUUUUAGCUGAAAUUGACUCUAAGCAAGCACUUGAUAUCCGAGAGGAAAUGCCUGAGCAGACAGUUAAAAGGAUGUUCAAUUUGUUGAGGAUGUUGAAAUAUAAACCAUCUGGCGGCUUCUCUGAUGUGAGCAGUUUUCGGCAGGGUCUGGUGAUGGGCAGUAAGCCGGUGGUGCACCCCAUCCUGCACUGGCUGCUGCAGAGAGUCCCUGAGCUGAAGAAGAGGGCCUAUCUGGCUCGCUUUCUCGUUAAGCUUGACGUGCCCACCGAGUUCCUGGCUGAUGAGGUCAUCUUGGAGGUCUACCACCAGUAUGAAGAGCUGGUAGAAGGAUUCAAGAAUUACCAUAAAGAGUGUGAACAACUAAGGAACUUUGGAUUUUCUGCCGCUGAGAUUCGACGUGACAUUGGGGCUAUGGAGGAAGAGAAGGAUCAGCUGAUUAAAAGAGUGGAGCGUCUGAGAAAGCGGGUGGAGUCUGUGUCUAACCAUCAGCGCAUGCUAGAAGUGGCCAGCCAGCUAAGGGUGGAAAAGGAAAGAGAGGAAUCUCUGGCUCAUCAGAAACAAGAGCAAAAGAACCAGCUAUUCCAGGCUGAGCAGAGAAGGCAGAGGUGUCAGCUCCAGCUGAAAGACUUGCGACAGGCAGCAGCAGAUGCCAAGCCUGAGAGCCUGGUGAAGAGACUGGAGGAGGAGAUUAAGUUCAACUCCUACAUGGCAUCAGACAAGCUGCCCAAAGAGCUGGAGCGCAUCCGCAGCAAAGUGCGCUACCUGCAGAAGGUGGCGUCCGAGCCGGCUAUGGGCCAUGCCGAGCUGGACGAGCUGGAAGAGAAGAUUAAAGAGUUAAAUCAGAUGAACCAGGCGAUGGAGAAGAAGAUGACCAGGACUGACCCAAUGGAUGAUAAUCUCACUCUUUACAGACAGCAGGCUUCUAUCAUAGCGCGUAAGAAGGAGGCAAAGGCAGAGCAGUUGCAGGAGUCCAGGGAGGAGGUGAACGCCAUCACAAGAGAGCUUAACGCUAAGAGUCAGGCUGCUGGACAAGGAGGACUCGAGAUCAUCCGCUCAGACGAGUUUAAGAGGUAUGUUGCCAAGAUGCGUGGCAAGAACAUCGUAUAUAAGAAGACGCGUCAGGAGAUGGCAGAGCUGAAGGCUGAGUUUGGCAUUCUACAGAGGACGGAGGAGGUCCUUCGCCAGCGCCACACUGCUACACAACAGAAUCUGCAAUCCUUGGAGGCUCAGAGAGGGAUCUCAGGCUUCAGUGAGACACAGGAGGAGCUGGAGAGAGUCUCUGCCAUCAAAAGUGAACUGGACGAGCUGAAGGGGCACAGGUUGGACAAUAUGUCUGAGAUGGUGAAGAAGAUCAAUUCAGCAAUAUCGGAAAAGAAGACGGCUCUGUCUCCAUUAAUAAAGGAGCUGAGGCCACUACGCCAGGAGUGCCAGGAGCUUUCUCAGGAGUAUGAAGAGAAAAAAGGUCUGUAUGACACUUGCUCUGCUGGUCUGGAAAGCAACAGAUCCAAAUUAGAGCAGGAGGUCAGGACCAUGAGAGAGGAGACAUCACAGGCGGAAAACCGCUAUCACCAACUCAACUGCAUGAGAGGGAUCACUGAGAUUCAAAUUCAGCGGGCAGCAGAUGAAAUGAAGAUCUAUGUGUCCUCAGACCCACAAACGCGGAAAAAGUCCGUCAGGGAGCAGUACAUCAAGAACAUUGCAGAGCAGGAAUCUUUGGGCAAGAAGCUCCGUGAGGAGCAGAAGCAGGUGAAGGAGAGCCAUGGGCCCAACAUGAAGCAGGUGCGCAUGUGGAAAGAUCUGGAACAGCUGCUGGAGUGUAAGAGGCAGUGCAACCUGCGAGCCCAGAGCCAGGCAUCCAUUGGUCAAGUGAUACAGGAGAGCAGAGAGGACCGUCUGGUUCUCUAACAGAUCCACAUUAACGUUUCUAGCUAUUUUUUUUUUUUUUACCAUUUCCUAGAAUAUGUUUCUGCUUUGAUGAAGAAAUAUGUGUUCAGAGAGCAAAUAGAGAACAAUACUGACUAUGCUGUUAAAAGUUUCCCUUCCUUUUUCUCCCCAUCAGUACAGAACUCAGUACGUUUUGCUCUUACUUUUCUAAACAGAGCAAAAUCUCCUUCUUUGGACAUAAUUACCCAGAGUUGGGAGAUUUUUUGUGGAUAUAACCAGUGGAGCACUCUGAGAGAAAGCACGUGUUUGCAGAAAUGUUCCAUGGAUCAAAAAAUUCAAACAAGUCCCUUGUCUUCAUUUUGACACAUCUUUAAGAAUAGAGCUACAAUCCCUGUGUUGGAAGAUAACAGUGAACAAAGUGUUACACUUUGAACGCGCCUGCACACGGUUAUUUUGGGAAGCAGCAGUCAUGACCUUGGGCAGAAGAGCUGUCCAAUUUAGGAAUUCGACUGGUCCUUUUUUGUUUUCCGUCACUGAGGGGCAGAGGUAAUCAGCAGAGAAACAUCUACAAACUCCUCCCCUGUUAGUGCACGUGAAUGGCUCUCCAACAUGGGACGCUUGUGUAAUAUAGCAAUGGCUGUUUGAAUAAUAAAAUAAAUUGGUAAGAGUUGCAGGAUCGCACACAAGCUUCAUUUCCAUCUGCACUCACUUAAAUGAACAAACUUUUAAGCAUUACAGCUUCUAUUCUUCUGUCUGUAAAUAAGGAAUUAAACAUAGCAUUGCAUAUGAAAAGAUAAGAAGAUAUUCCAUACUGCUGUGAUGGGAUAUGGGCUGAUGUGAAGUGGAUUAUUUUCUUAUAACAGUACAUGCUGAAGGGUUGUUGUUGUUUUUUUUUUAUCACACCAUGGCAAAAUGCCACCAAUUCCAAUUUUUUAUUUAUUGAUAAAUGUUACAUUAUAAAUGUUAGUGCCUGUUAUUACUUACCUUCUAGCAUACAUAAACAGUCACCCUCUCAACCAGCAUCUCUUUCUUCUUAUUAACACACCGGAAUGUGCAAAGACUUCUGUACAAACUUUACCAUGGCAGAACAUUUACUGGCCAAUGGGCUGACACCUGAGGCUCUUUACAUAAAUAUCAAAUAAAAUAUCAACCAAAAGCUUCACCACA